GUUCAACAUCAGUGUCGGUUGAAACUCCGUCGCGCCCGGACCUGUCGAACGAAUCUUCGCGAACGAAUUCGUAGUGAAUGCAAUGUGGUGUGCUGUGUAGUGAAUUUUAAAGAUUUAGUGCUCGAUCUGUGUGGAUUUUGGAUACUGAGCGAAUUGUGACGAUGUGCUAGUGCAGUGCUAUGUGCGCGUGACAAAGUUGAACAAGAUGGCCGCCGUGUUGCUCGUGUUCUUGCUGGGCUGCGUCGGUGCUUUGGCUGAAAAAGAAACCACCGCAGCGCUAGUAGGCGAGACCGCACGUAUAAAAUGCCGGAUUGACAGCGCCUCCUGCGGAGAGAUGCAUAGCGUGAAGUGGUACAAGGAUGACGUCAGGAUAUACGUGUUCUCUGCGACUAAGGGCGCUGCCAUCAACAGGCCGGAGGGCGAUAUGAUGACCAGAAUGUCAAUCAGCCACGUCCCGAACUCCACCUUCGCUGAGCUGGUCAUCGACAGCGUACACGCCUCAGAUGAGGGACUGUACCGCUGCGAGAUCACGUAUCUUCAAGUAGGAGACGACUGCAACACCGUGCAGCUGACUCACUUCAAUACAUACAUAAAACCAAAGACAGUAGAGCUUCUGGCCAUCGACGGUACCAACUCCACCACCAUACAAGACGGGACCACCUUGGGACCACUCGUGAUCUACAAGCAGGUCACCGUAGCCUGUCUCGUGAAAGAAGGGAAACCCCAGCCUAAAGUGACUUGGUACUUUAAUGGCAAGGAAAGGACGGAUGCCCAACGCUCAACUCCUGACAACACGACAGUCCAACAAAGCUUAGCUCUGACGAUUUCUCGAGAGGAGCUUGGUGGUGAACUGAAAUGCUCUGUGUCUUCGGAUGCUUUGGACGAACCGAUCGUGAAACGAGUCAAGCUUGAUGUUCGAGUCCCCCCAUCAAAAGUGGAGAUCAUCGGUGUCGGAGACCACGUGACGCAGGGUACCACCCUGACCAUGACAUGUGUGGUCAAGGGGGCUAACCCACCGGCCGUGGUGCAGUGGUACAAUGGGACCACGCUGCUGGAUUCAAGGCAGCAGGAAGUCAAGAAUGAGACGGUGCGAUUGAGCGACUCAACAUACGAAACAAUGGCGAAUCUCACGUUCACGGUGACGCGGUUCGAAAACGGACGAAUAUUCACGUGCAAAAGCGAGAAUGAAGUUAACAAGAUAAUCAGCGAGGAGCCUCUCGUCAGGACUAAGGAGAUGGAGGUUUGGUAUCGCCCAAUAGUCCACGUGAACCCACCCAACUUCACCGUUCUGCAGGAUUCCAAGAUCCUCCUCAAGUGCGAGUAUGAGAGCAACCCAUCACUCCUUAUAGAUGUUGCAUGGUACAAAGAUGACGAAAAGAUCGACGUCAACACCUCCCACUACCAGGGCGGUAAUAUCAACCAACCAGCGCUCAUCAUCCACAACGUCACUGGGAGUGACAGUGGGAACUACACCUGUCAGCUCAAAAAUGACGUUGGAAACAGCACUAGUGAUAACGCUAUAGUUGUUAAUGUUUUAUACAAACCCACAGUCCGUCUAGUAAUGUCAGACCCGAGCCCCAUCAACGAGCUGGAUCAUAAGAACGUGACGCUGAUAUGCGAAGCCAUCGACGGGAACCCGAGAACCCUGGAUGAGGUCACCUGGUAUCUGGAUAACGAAGUGCUGAAGAAGCUUCCGGAAUGCAAUGGAACUGAUCCGGCCCUGUGUGAUGAAGUGGAUCCGUCAAUGCUGCUACUCCAGGAUACAACAAGAAGUUUUCAUGGAAAUUAUUCCUGUCAGGGCAAGAACACGGCGGGAGAAGGAGAAAGAAGUCCGCAGACCGAGUUGAUUGUCAACUAUCCCCCUGGACCGGCAAAGCUGGUUUACUCCCCGUGGCGCGUGGUCAAACAGAAAUCCCUCAUUCUUACGUGCAGCAUUGAAGAGAAAGGCAGGCCGGAAGCUCAGAGAUUCCGCUGGCAACGGGGCGGGCGCCCGGUCCCGGACAUCGUGUCCGCCAACUGGACCAUCGACCCCAUCAGCCUCGACCACCGGACCAACUUCUCGUGCCGCGGCGUCAACGCCGGCGGCGAGGGGCCACCUGCUAUUACCUACAUUAAUGUGCUGGCUCCUCCAAGCUUCAAGUACGCUAUGAACUACUAUAGCGGCGCUUUGUACAAAUCUCAAAACAUAUCCCUAAAAUGCACUGUGGAAUGCGCUCCCCGCUGCAGCGUGCAAUGGCUCAUGAUGAAGGACAACGAGGAGAUGCAGGUCAUCGAUCCGAACAAGACGGAUCGGUACUAUAUCGUGGAACGGGAGAUCGGGCCCGAAGUUAACAGGAACGAUUUUGAGGCAACGGAGAGUACUUUGUACUGGAACAUGUCAGCUUGGGCUGGAGGCGUUCUGGACCGCACGGACCCUCGCAUAACCAAAUACAUGUGCCGCUCUUCUAGAAAUGAUGCUGGACCGGCUGUCAAUAGUACUACACAUUUUGCCGUCGAAUAUGAACCAGAAAACAUCACAGUAACUCCGAAUAUAGUUCCAGUUAUCGAAGGAGAAAUACCCGGAAAAGUUGUCUGUUCAGCUAGAGGUUUUCCCGUCCCCUCCUACUCGUGGCGUCGAGGCAACGCCAGCAAAUCUCAAGCCAAAGAUCACACCAACAAUUCUCUCGUGCUAUCUUCUUCUAACACUCUUCUGUUGGGCUCGGUGCAGAGAAAGGACGCAGGACAUUACCUGUGUGAGGCUUAUAAUAGACAUGGCUCUGUGUCUACUACGGUGUACUUGGAUGUUAUGUUUGUUCCGGAGUGCGGCAUCAAGCAGGCCGAAGUGGACGGAGAACAAGUUUUGAUCUGCACAGCUCAUGCUAACCCUAGCGAGGUCACUUUCUCCUGGAAACUAAAAAACGACAAUGACUCCCUCUCCGACGAGAAGAUCUGGCAAGUCGGCCAGCAGAGCUACCUCCGCCUACAGCCCGGCGUCGAGGUCCACAGGACCUAUCUCUGCUUCGCUAACAACUCUGUGGGCAGGAGUCGGGAGUGCGAGCGAGAUGUGCAAGCCAACCUGGAAAGCCUCACUUCGGCAGUUUGGUGGCGGGAUCGUCAGCAACUCAUCCUGAUUGGUUGCAUUGCCCUCGCUAUCUUAGUCAUCACCGUUAUCCUCUGCAUCAUCAUCAUCUGCAUAUGCAGGCGAAUGAGAGCGAAAUCCAAAUACAAUAAUCCAGUGGAAUUAGAGGAGAGAGAAAAGUUCCUAACAGCACUAACUCCAGAUGUUCUAAGACUGACUACAAUUAAUACCUCAGGCCCACCUAUGAAUGGCGUAGAUAAUGCAGCAAACGGCAACCUUGGAGCGGACAGUCCCGGCUUGUACGAGAACCUGCCGUUCCAUGGGCUCCAACAAGCACCUAAUAAGCCCUUCAAACCCGAUGACAUGUUCAUAUACGCCGACGCCGACCUGAAGGACUACGGGCCCAUCAACUACAAGCAAGCCUCCAUCUACUCGCAGAUGAAGAAAGUCAAGGAGCAACAGCGACUGCAGGAGAUAUACGACAAGCAACAGGACGAUAUGUUGUGAUUUUGUUACAUAUUGUUCAACAUUUAAGGAAAAUGGAAAAAUUCCCCUCUUCAGGCAACUUACCAGCAGCGUGCGAAUUUUUCCAUUUCUUCCUUCCUUUACGGCGCAAAUUUUUGUAUCGUUUGCAGACGUAUCUGCUGGAUAAAAAUAGUCUAUUUUGUAGUUUUUUCAACCCGGAAAACGGAAGUCUUCGGAAUGAGAGAUGAUAAGCUAGAAACUACGCACGCUAUAACAAACCGGGUCCAAGCCGAGGCGUCUGACAGUUCAGUUUUCUAUAGAAGACAUCAUGGGAUCACCGAUCACCCAUCAUAGGAAACGAAGUAUCGGACGCCUCCACCAGGACCCGCAUCCUUCCAGCGUGAGGCAUUCUUAUAAAUAAGCUGGAGACGCAUAAUCUUCAUUAUAGCAUUCUGAACGUUGUUCCAAAAUUGACAAAAUAUCUCGUAACAGUUUUAAGGUGUUGUAAGUGUAGUGAAAAUAUCUCGUGUCUGUAGAAUUUUGCUAGGGGACAAAUUUAAAGGCUCCUCUACACGAUGGCCCAGCGCUAGACCAGCGAGAUAGCCAUGCGAUGGUUGAGAGCACGCACAAUGAGCCACGUAUAGAUGCGUACGCACCAUUGAUGUGCGGACGAAAAACCGACACGUGGCCAUCCCAUCGCCAUCCCGUCUCGCCAUAAGCUAUCCGACACCACUACCCUCUCUACACGCUUGCCCAUCUUAGUGGGCCAGUAUAAUGGCCCAUCGUCUAGAGGAGCCAUAAGAACGCCAUAGGGUGUGAAGGUGUCCAUAGAUUUUUAGCUUAUAAUCAUUCGUUCAAAAGUGCAACCAUUUAUUUCACUAGGAGGCGUAUUCUGAUUGUAAUAACAGGUUACCAAUUUGAUCUGGACUUGAUUAUUUUCAAAGUACGGAUCGUUACUCAUCCUGUUUUCAUCUGGGUCGAUUUUUAUAUACGAAUCAUGUUUGUAUUUUUAUAAUAAUAAAUAUUAUUAUGCUUAUUUAAUCAACCUGUUGCAUUGCUGUGUCGUUAUUGAAAUAGCAAUUUAAAAUGGUCCAUGCUUUUAGACUUCAUUGACGUAAAAGACAUACAUAAAAAAUUAUGUCGCUUACGCUAAUCGACUCUAAAGUUAUCAAUAUGUACGUCGUUACGUUAAGUAUUAAAUUCUCUCUACACGAUAUAACAAUCUGUAAAAUACUCUGGACUGACAACUGAACCCCAAUUGUGACGUUUAACCUAAACUGUACAGAUUAGCGAUAUUGCGUAUGUAAAUAAAUUAUUUUCACUUCCUAUGCGACUGUGAAAUAAAGAAUAAGUCGUAAGAUUUUCACUCGAACUGAACUCUUCUCUGGAUAACUGAUUAGUUAAAAAGGCGUCCGCAGUAAAAUCUUAUAUUUAAAAUAAAGUAAGGACGCUAAAUACGAAGAAUUUCCUACAUUAACUCGCCAUUUUCUAUCUCUAUCGCACGCGGGUAAUUAUAUUACUGUCCCGCCCAUGAUGCCGGCGGUCAAUGCCACUGUGCGAGCGGGACAAUAAUAUAAUUACGCGUGCGACAGAGAUAGAAAAUGGCGGGUUAUUUCACAAAAUUCUUCGUGUUAAUAGGCACUUAUGAUGCUCCAAUAUAAUCCAAUAAAAUAACAGCGUGAAACAGGGACAGCAUGAUGGUAUGAUAGUGUUGUAUUAUGUUGUCCCUGACACACGAUGUUAUAUGUAUUUUUCAGUACAUAUGGUGCUACUUUUCUGCACUAGUGCGUAAAUUAGCACAGUAUGUAACUAUGUCAAAAGGGUCAUAUGUACUGUAAAACUUUGGACGAUACAUGUGCGAAUAGGUAAUUCGCAACUCGUGUCGAUUUAAAACACUCCCUUCGGUCGUGUUUUCAUUCAUUGCUACACGUUACGAAUUUCCUAUUUUUCGCACUUGUAUUGUAAAUUACUACUAUAACAGCCAAUGUGAGAGCCCCAUUCCUUUUUUUUUUUCGCUGGCGGUUACGACCUAUGGCCUAUACAACUAAGUGCCAAAACGACUAAAUGACAUUGUCUAUUUCUUGAGUGUAUCAUUAUGUAUUAAAACCAUUAACAUAUAUAUCUAAGGACAUGCCUUACGGGCACUAAGAAUGGCGCUAGUUUAGUGGUGUCACUCACGAAUUCGAGCCAAUCGUGCAAUGUAACGUAACUAGUUGCGACCAAUCGCGUUGUGGCGUUAGACUGCGUUGGCUCGAAUUCGUGUGCGUGACACCGCUGUACUGGCCCCAUUCUCAUUGCCCAUAAGGCCUGUCCUUAGAUUUGACGGUGCUCACGAGGAACCCGCUAGAUUUUAACCACGUACUUCUGAGGCCAAAAGAAGGAAAAAAUGUUAUAUGAGUUUCAGUAAAUAUCGCAAAAAAAAUUUUUUUUGAUUUUUUUUUUUAAAUUUUGAAUGUAUUUGUAUAUAAAAAGUUAAUGUUAUGGUAAAACUGGCACUGAAAAUAAUUUUUUUACGUUUUUUUUGUAAAAACUAGUUCUUGCAAAGGUUACUUGUCACUUUUUGACAUCUAUCAAUAAGGAUAUUUAGAGUACGCCCCAUAAUGGCAUCAUCGCGAUCAAAAAGGCGUUUUGCACUAAGUUACGAUAAGAAGAUUAUAUUAACUCUGAAACUAGGCGAAAUCCAGAAAAGUUUAUAUGACAUUUUAGUCUCUAAAUGUGAUCAGUAAUACACUGUCAAACUCUUUCGGUUUCCUCAUGUAGCACCGUGUAUAUGUUAAUGAUUAAAACUGAAACUUCUGAAAUUUCCUUGUACAUACAUUUCUGGAUCCUGAUAAAAAUAAGGCAGUAAUGUAGUUAUAUUGUUUUUGUACACUUAGACUUUUACUUUUGUUACAAUCUUUCAUAAACAGGGUAUUUGGCUGAAUAUGAAAGAAAACACGUAUUUAAAGGUUUGUAAAUAAAAUAGUGAAUAAACUAGAUCUGAGCCUUAGUUCGAUAUUAUUUUAUAUAUUAUAUGUAUAUUAAAUUAUUGAUGUUUUAGAGCAAAUUUAUUCUUCUUGAUCCUAUAGCAAUGGCUUUUGAGUCUGUCAUUUUUAUUUUCAUUUAUUUUAUUACAAACGUUUGAUUAAAAUAAAAAUAAUAUAGGUAUAAGAAUUAUUUUAAGCCCCAUAUGUAAUUAUUUCAUAUUUAUAUACUUAAAAAUGAAAUAAAAAAAAAUUUAAGAUUUUAUUUUUAUUAAUUGUAUUCAUUACAAGCAAAAUAAAAAAUAAAAUGAAGACUAACAUUUAUUUUUAUGACUAAAACCGAUAUGGGCUUUUGAAAGUUCCUGUGACCAAAGAGAAUUUGAAAUGGAGCUGGAUUGUUAAAGAAAACUUUGUAGCCGCAGUAAAUUUACUGCCAUCUUUAGACACAUGAUUAAAACUUUAAGAACGCCAUUUGACUUUGAUCCUUAUUCUUUCAUUGAUAUGUGUUAAAUUUGUUAAAUAUCAAAAGUGGCGCCAUCUAAUAGAUCAUAUGCCAAAGGUAUGGCGGCAUCGUUUUGAGCGACGGUGCCAAAAUGAUGCCACAGCCUACCUACCUUUGGCCUACGCCCGGUGAAAUAGCGCCACCUUUUGAUAUUUAACAAAUUUAACACAUGUCAGUGUAAGAAUAAGGAUCAAAGUCAAAUGGCAUUUAAAAAGAUUUAGUCAUGUGUCGAAAGAUGACAGUAAAUUUACUGUGGCUACAAUUUUUUCUUUGACAAUCCACCUCAAUUUCAAAUUAUCUUUGCUAUGACUAAUGUUAUUUUUAUUUUACUCCUGUCAACGCUUUUGUAGGGUAACAACACGUUAGAUUUUAUUGUCCGUCCAAACGGGUGAGUCUACAAAAUUAGUUGAAUUUAGCUAAAACCCAUUUUUAGGUAAAAUUGUAAUUAGUGUAAAAUACGCUAAGCUGUAUGAAAUUAAAAAUACAACCAUAGUCAAAUGAUCAAACAUAAUUUUAAACUAGUAUUUGGAAAUUACGAAGACUUCGAAGAUCAGAAGUGGAUUACAUAAAAUGUAUCAAAAAAUAAUCGUAAAAACAUAUUAUGAAGUAAUUGAAUUGAUUAUUAUUUAAUGUAAUUGUUUAUAUCAAUUAUUUCUGUUAAUGGAUUAAAUAUAUAUUUAAAAUACACAUUUUGUUUGUAUACACGACGUGUAGUGUUUAUACGUAUGCAGCGGCCCGUAGCACAACAGCAUUUAUUUUAUACGUUUGAUUCAUAUAUUUUGUACCGAUAUUUAUUUAAUCAUGCAACGAAAUAAGAAUUUUUAAUGUACUUAAUUUAUAUUUUAACAUCGCUUUAAGGUAUAACACCGUUGUCACUUGUGAUAAUAUUAUUGGCUACAAACUAUUAUUGUUAAUAACUAGAAAUGUACCAUUAACAACAAAGCGGUUAUUUGAAAUAAAUGAUCUUUGGUACCUACUUAAUAAGUUUUUAACACAUUUCAAUUGUUUAAAAUGAUUUUGUUCUGGCGUUUAGAUUAAUCGUUACAGAAAUAAUUAAUUAAAACGCCAUAGCGAAAUAUUUUAAUUAUUUUCAUCGUUAAUUCAUGUUUGUGAGACUAAACCCGUUAAUUUAUUGUCAUACUAAUGUAAAUAAAAAUCUUUAAGCUAUGCCAAAAAACGUUAAUUUUUAGCAAUGUUGGCACUCAUUUGGUGCUUAAUAUUGAUGUUUUUAAACAACAUUACUCAAUACUUAGCUGGUUAUAUUUAUUUAUUCUCAAUGAAGAGACUAAUUCUUGAAUAAAGUAAAAUUAUUUCGCCAGUGGCUUUUCAUGUAUGGAAGUAAAUUUAAAUAAAGAAAUGUAUAUAUAUGUCGCAAGUUUGUCUGUAAAGCCCAAAUUUUUUUUUUCAACAUUUCGUAAUAAACCGAUAUCUUGAAAUGAAUAAUGUCACUUGAGUAAUACAGGAUACAUAAGUAAAUAAUAUGUAUUUGAACCACUUCAUUCCGCGGUUAUACGUUGAACAAUAAAUUCAUAGGAUCGUUAAUGUAACUAGAGAUUUUGUACAUAAAGUGACUUGUUAUAAUAUUGUCAAAUAGUGUUAAUAAAUUAAUUUAUGGAUUUUUA